CUGCGUCACUACGUAAACGCGCGAGUUCCGGAAGCUUGGAGAGCCCAGGUUCUGCUAGGAAAAGCCAAGCUUCCCAGAGAAUGUUUCAGGAACAGUUACUUGGAGCGGGGCGUUUCGCAGACUCCUAAGAGACCUUCAGAGAAGGCAUGGCUUCCAGAGAUGAGAAUAUGAAGCGGACAAACAGAGUGCUAAGAAUAAGCCAGUUGGAUGCACUUGAACUAAACAAGGCCCUGGAGCAGCUCGUUUGGUCCCAGUUUACUCAGUGCUUUCAUGGAUUUAAGCCAGGGCUGUUAGCCCGCUUUGAACCAGAGGUGAAAGCAUUCUUGUGGCUUUUCUUGUGGAGAUUCACCAUCUACUCUAAAAAUGCCACCGUGGGACAGUCAGUUUUGAAUAUUCAGUACAAGAAUGAUUUUUCCCCAAACCUGAGAUACCAGCCACCGAGCAAAAAUCAAAAGCUCUGGUAUGCCAUCUGUACAAUCGGUGGGAAGUGGUUAGAAGAACGAUGCUACGAUUUGUUUCGAAACCGUCACAUAGCAUCCUUCAGGAAAGCCAAGCAGUGCGUGAAUCUCGUGGUUGGACUUUUGAAGCUGGGCAGGUUGAUUAAUUUCUUGAUUUUCCUUCAAAGGGGCAAGUUCGCAACUUUGACCGAGCGUCUGCUGGGCAUCCGUUCUGUAUUUUGCAGGCCCCAAAAUGUCCGAGAAGUAGGCUUUGAGUAUAUGAAUAGAGAACUCCUCUGGCACGGCUUUGCCGAGUUUCUGAUUUUCCUCUUACCACUUGUCAAUAUCCAGAAGUUGAAAGGCAAGCUCUCUUCGUGGUGUAUCCCUCUGACCGGAGCUCCAAGCAGUGACAGCACGCUGGCCACCAGCGGCAGACAGUGUUCUCUGUGUGGGGAGUGGCCCACCAUGCCUCACACCAUAGGCUGCGAGCAUGUUUUCUGUUACUACUGUGUGAAGAGUAGCUUCUUAUUUGAUGUGUCCUUUGCUUGUCCUAAGUGCGGCACAGAGGUCCACAGCCUGCAACCACUGAAAUCAGGAAUCGAGAUGACAGAAGUGAAUGCCCUUUAGAAGCUAAAAUUGUUUCCUCUGAGGAGAACAGUAUUUUGUCUAAAUCCUUAGCGUGAGUCAUCCUAAGCAUUCUAUUUAGGUAUGUCUUAUGAGGACAUAGGCUUCUCAGCCGCUGCCCUCUGUUCCUUUCCAGGCACGACUAAAUUCUACUCACACUGGAAACCACAUGAUUCUAAAUAUAUGAUACAAAUGGUAACGUAUUAUUAUUUUUUUAAUCAUUGCAUUUCAUUUUUAAUGUCAAGAAUAAUGGAUAGUUUUUAUCAAAUGACCACUAAGAAUGCUCCUUCAUUCUACUACUUCCUGGAAAUAGGUUAGACUCUAAAAUAAAAGAUUGUGGUGACUCUGA